CCCCACCGGCAGUUCCUAUUUGGAAUACAGACUAAUGAGGUGUACCAGUAUGGCGGAGUAGUAAGAUGGCGCAUUUCCGGUAAGGCCAAAAGCGCCCCCGUGCUGUGUGUGUGUGAGCCUGGAAACUGGUUUCUGGUCCAGGGUGGACCCGGUCUCCAUGGCUACGCAGGAGGAUGCUCGGUGCUGAGUAUAUUGAGGAAAAGCGGAAAAAAGAAGAUAUGGAGGUCCCUCCGAGCCCGACUGGAAGCCAUCUGCCUUGGGAGUGUUUCUCGGCUUGGCUGGAUGGUGUCUGUGUUGUCACAUUCGAUCUGGAGCUGGGACAGGCUAUAGAGCUUGUAUAUCCCCAGAACAUCAGACUGACAGAGAAAGAGAGAACCAACAUUUGCUACCUUUCCUUCCCAGACUCUUAUUCAGGAUGUUUAGGGGACACACAGUUCACAUUCCGUAUGCGGCGUUCCACCAUGCAAAGAUCAGUGUUCCAGGAGGAUGAGAACUACAACAGAGAAGCUCCUGUUACAUUACAGCGGGAUGCCGCCCAUUACUACGGCUAUGUGUAUUUCCGACAAGUGAGAGACAGCUCGGUUAAAAGAGGGUACUUCCAGAAGUCUCUGGUCCUCCUCUCUAGCCUUCCUUACACCAAUCUGUUCCACACUCUACUGCAGCUCAUUGCGCCCGAGUACUUCAAUAAGCUAGAGCCUUGUCUGGAAGCUGUUUGUAAUCAGAUUGACCGCUGGCCACUCCCUGAACCCGGAUAUACACUGUCUCUUCCAAUCAUGGGGCUUGUUCUUCAGGUCAGAAUCCCAAGCCGAUCAGACGUAGCCGAGAUAAAUGCUAUGAACGAGCAUGAAAAGGACCAGCUGGAACCACCCUGUCACAUCACCAGCACGCAUGAACUAGAUCUUUUCAGGUCUCUGCAGUCUGUCCUGAUGAACCUCCAGUUGCUUUGGGAGUUGGUUUUGCUGGGAGAGCCCUUGGUUAUCAUGGCACCUUCACCCACCUUUUCAUCAGAAAUAGUACUGGCUCUGACUGGCUGUAUUUCUCCACUAAAAUUUUGCUCAGAUUUCCGUCCCUACUUCACUAUCCAUGACAGCGAGUUCAAAGAAUAUACCACCAAAACUCAGGCUCCUCCGAGUCUAAUCCUUGGUGUUACCAACCCUUUCUUCAUCAAAACCUUACAACACUGGCCACACAUCCUGCGUGUUGGGGAGCCACGGUUAUCAGGUGAUUUACCCAAACAAGUAAAACUGAAGAAGACAACUAAGAUAAAGACACUGGACACCAAAUCAGGGUUAUAUACAUCCUAUAAGCCAUUUCUUCACAAAGAUAAAACAUUGAUCAAACAGUUGUUGAAGGGUCUCCAGAAGAAGCUCCCUUCCGCGACACUAAGUGCUUUGCUUCGAAAACAUCUAUUUGAACUCACCCAAAGCUUCAUUCUCCCUCUGGAGAGGUACAUGGGCAGCCUGAUGCCUCAUCAUAGCUCUAUCACCCCUUGGAAGAAUCCUCCUCAGGUGCGUCCAUUCCAACAGGAAGAGCUGUUUAAGAUGCUAGAGCACACAGGUCCGCAGCUGACCUCGACUACAAAAGGGGAUUGGAUUGGUCUUUACCGGCGCUUCCUGAAGUCCCCCCAUUUUGAUGGCUGGUAUAGACAGAAGCAGAGAGAGAUGAGAGAGAGGCUAGAAACCGCACACCUAAAGGUCAUCUGCGAAGCAAAUAUUGCAGCCUGGAUAAAAAACAAAUCCGAGGUGGAGAUCGUGGAUCUGGUGUUGAAACUACGAGACAAACUGCUCAGGGCCCACAGGCAGCAUCUUCCCGUCAGCUCUGUUUCCCUGAACCGGUUGAAGCUUCACAUUGAUGCAGUCAUUUCCUCGCUGCCUGAGGACCUGCAGAACAUCUUACACCCUCACUGAGCAUCAUAUGUCCUUAAUAUCACAAACGAGUACAUCGAUGUGCUUUCCGGCUCACCAGAGAAGUAAAUGCGCAGCAUUCUGCAAGCAGCCGGUGCAUGCAGGGUGCCGGGCAGCUCUGUCACCGUAAGCCUGACAGAUCACCUUGUAUCAGACCUGCAUCUUCAGUCUUUGCAUUCAAUUAGCUUUGCCCAGCAUAUUACAUCAUUUCCUAAACUCGCCGCAAUCUGUAUGAAUUAUGUCUGGUAAAUCUGUGAAACAUCCUGCAUCCAAUAUAUAGAUCGAGUCAUAAUCACACUAGGACAAUCUGAUACUAUACAGCAUUAUCUAGCCAGAGAUAUAAACAUCUGCAGUCCCAAGAUCUGCAUACCGGCCAUCACCCCCACACCAUCUGGGUACCUAACUGUGUGAGGCUGUGUGAAAGCUCCCAUGAACACAAUACAUGUGCAUUUCAAGAAAGAUAUUACAUUUUUAUAUACAGAUUUACAAUAGCCAGACAUGGAUGUAAAACAGUGCAAGUCACGUGGCAGCAGUAACAUUUUGGAGGAAUGGCGUGUAUACAGGUCUGAGACUGGUAUAAUGUCACUAUCACAAAAUCAAGAACUGCAGGGCAGUAUAGAGAUACUAGUUACCAACAAAAUAUAAAGAUAUUCAAGAUACACAGAAUGUUUAAUUUAUCUUCAAUUUGUU